AUCGGACCUGACAGCUCUGGUGAGACAACCGCAUAGAUUUGAAAUUAUUUUUUAAGUUCGAGUUCUGAACUAUUUCAGAUCUAAAAAUAUAUUUAAUCUGAGAAUAGGUGAAAAUACUUAUUGUUAUGUCACAAUCAGAAGCCAGUUCUGGUGAAUCAAACCAUGAAAAAGAAGUUAAUUUAGACUCCAUUUUAGAAGACCAGUGGAUGAUAAGAGAUUGUGAAAUUUAUAAAGAUGAAUACAAGGAAUGCACAAGUUUUAAAGGAAGAUUUCAUCAAUAUUUUAUAUACGGACAUACUAUAGACUGCAUUCAGUGGAAAAAGGAUAAUGACAAUUGUUGCAAAUGGGUCGACAAUAAAGAUACUAAAGCUGCUAAAUCACUAAUAGAAAGUGAAAAGAAACGGCGAAUGGAAAGACUGCAAGCACACUUUAGAAAUGAUACAUGGAAAAAACGUAAAUCACCACCAACAGACUGGGACAAACCUUUACCAGAGUGGAUGAGUAAACGAUAUGAGAAUACAUACCUUGAAAUGAAAGCAAAGGAAAUGAAAGAGGGAAAGGAUGAGGAUACUGUCAAUAGCUUUUGCGCCAUUAUGUGAUGUUUUUUACAAAAUUAUUAUUAAUAAUAAAUGCAAUUUGUAAAUAUGUACGUAAUAAAGUAGGUUGGUAAAUAUAAUACUAGUAUGCAUAUCUCUUUUUUAUUCUGUCAACCAAAAUUCCAAAUGUUUCACCCCAGGCUCGGAUUUAUAUUAGAAGCGAAUUUUAGCACCUCGGCUAUCCUCCAUAUCCAAUAAUUCCUUUUACCUAUCUCAGAAUUUUGUAAUUAAGUUAUUUAGGUAAUCAUCUUCAUCAUCGACAUGACCAAGCAAACUGUCAUCUAUAUUCAAAAUGGCGAUGCGUCGGUAAUGAAACACGCUUGCACUAUUUUCUAUGGUACUAGUAGCAUAAAUCUGCAAAGUUUCAAAUGUUUCGAAUAAUCAUAACUGUAUUCUUUUUAAGUGGGCUAUCCAAGGAGCCGGGCCUUCUUCGGCGACGCUACCUUAUCAAUAAAGUUUCGUUUAACGUUCUUCCAUACUUGAAUAGGCCUGGGUUAAGGAAUGGAAUAACGAAAGCUGCAAAGGAUAUACUUUGCAUAAUCCACGAUAAAUGGAUAGAUAACAUUACCAUUAUUAUAAUAGGUUUAUUCUGCUCCUCAAUAGUAGAAACCAGUGUCAUUUAAAAAAUGUGCGUGUCCUCCGAGAGGCCACAGUGGAAAACGUAGGUUUCUU